GGUUUUAGAAUGUAAACACCAAUGUUUCUUUUGUGUCAUGUGACAAGCCCAGAUUGCACACAUGAUCGCGAUCAAAACAUGAACUUCACACACACACUUGGAGACAGGUUCAUGCAUUUUGUCCUUGUCCCGUGCUUUUGAUUGAUUUUACAGACAAUGCCGUGUACCCAGUUUGCUACAGAAAGAUGAAACUUUUAUAGCUUUCCAGGAACGAUAUUCUGCAGCUAUGGAUAGCGAGCAGAGUUAUUUGACCCCUCUGCAUUACCCAAACAGUGAAGCUAAUCCAAUAACAUGGGUGAAAAACAGCUCGCUGAGAGACACUAUUGCUGCCAGGCACGAUGAUGGUUCAUUCUCUGUCCUGAAAAUUAAAGACACAGGACAUUACAGCAAAUUUGCCUUGGAUUCUCAGAUUAAGCGUUUAUUUUGGGACAAUGAAGAUUCAAGUGCCCAAAACCAACAAUUGUUUGCCCAAGACAAUAAAGGCGACAUACUACUCUACACUGUGGACAACGAAGGGGUAACACUUCCUGUACGAGUGACAGCCUCGAAGAUACACAGUGUUGUGAAGAAUUCGUCCAAAGAUGAACUUGAGCUUGUUGGGUGUGAUAGAGGACAUGCAAUUUUCAAUUUGAAAUCACUGUCUCUUGUUUGUGUGAGGAUGACACAGAAUGCUGGAAUCUAUCUCAGCUGUGUGUUACCUCUCCCAGACUCAACGACAGGCGGAGUUGAGGGAGAGGCUACAAAGAGCAGCUGUCAGGUGCAGCCAUGGAUCUACCAGGUCCUGAAUGGGGUCAUGGUUGUCUAUGACCCAGAUGUCAAUAUGAUGUUUAUGCACUUGAUUGCAACAGGUCAUUGCAUAUGCCAGUAUGAUGUGCAGCCUCUUGGGGUAGAUGCGGAACAUUUGGUUGGAUGGAGACUUUCCCAUGAUCUGAGUGUUCUGAUGAUAAUUCAUUCAGACUGGAGUGUAACAAGGGUGGUCAUCAGUGAAUUUGCCUCUGCCUUACCAACCAGUGUGAAACUUCUCGACAUCAAAGGACAGGAACAAGUUUUUAGUCUUGAAUAUCUCAACCUGACUCUUUCCCAUUACAGAGAUCAGCUGCGGAAACAGCAGGAGAGUCUUGAUCACUUCAGCAGUUCACCAAUGCCCAAACCAAAACCGCCUAGCAGCAAAAAAGAAAGUGUAAAAAAAAGUAAACCACGUAAGAAACUGCUCCAGGAAGAGGAGGCUUUUACAAAGUCACUUUCUGCCCCUCAGUAUCAGUCUAGUUUAACACUGGGAAAGGAGAACAUGGAACACUGGUUGAUCACAGCAGCUGAAGCAUCCAAUUACUCUCUGGCUUUGGCUUUGGUAGAAAAGCAAAGAGAUGAUGAUGGAAAGGAAGAGACAGCUAUCUGUUUUGCCAAUUUUUCUGAGAACACUGUCAAUGUUCAUCCAUUAAAUGAUCGAACAACAGUGGUCUUGUCCAGCAUUCCGUCCUGCCCCCAUUUGUUGUGGUCAGAGAAGUUUUUAAUGCUUCUGUCAACAAAUGAUAUACUGUUGAAAGAUGAUCUGAUAUCAUGGGUUAUGUUUCACUUACAACUGAGCGAUGCUUCCAGUCUAAGCCGAAGCAGUCAAAGAUCAAAAGCUGCCCUCAUCUUGAACGCCCUCCAGUCCAGCCUUCAGCGACAGCAGUUUGAUACUGUUAUUUUCUUCUUCAAGUCAAAACAAGAUUUAUUCAGUACGGCUGUACAACGCCAGCUGGGCUCCAUGCUUGUGAAUCAGAUGUAUCAGCUGGAAGAUCCCCUGACCCUGAUCAUGACCUCUGUGACCAAAAGUGUGUCAGCUCAACAGAGUCAAAUGUUUGCCAAGAGGCUGUUGUCCUUGACACUUGACUUUGUGUACGGACUUCUUGACGAUGCUACAGGCCUGCUUAGACAGAUGGACAGUGGCAGUAGUGAAGGGAACUUGUCUUCUAUAAAGGACCAGAUCAAAGAGAGCUGUAAAAUUCUGCUGUCUCAGCUGCCUGCCUUAAGGAAAUGCAUGAAUGCUCUGAAGCAUGAAGGGAAAGAGAUUGAAACUUUCAAUUUUGAUGACUCUACUCAAACCAAUGUGGACAUGGAACAAGUAAUCAAAGACAGCAAACUGUCGAGUCUGCAGUUUUUGUUGAUGACGGAAGAUCCAGAGAGGUUAGAGCAGUACCAGCAGCUGGGGACGGAACUUCUGGAUGUGGUCAAGACUUGCCUGGAGCAGGAAGAUGUUGCCGCCUGUCAAAGUGUCUUGAACAACCUGGGAUGUGAUGUCCUGUCCACGCUGUGGUCUCUGACCCAGUUCUACGCCAGCAGAUCUCUCCAGAGAUUCGUGGUCCAGCAGCUGUCAGAUGCCGCUGCUUUGACCCAGGAACAAAGGCAGUUGGUGCAGGAUUUAGAGAAGUUCUACACAAUCUAUCCUUUGGAGUCAUUUGGGGAAUGCAUGAAGGAGAAGGUUCACGAUGUGACAAGCACCUGGCCUGAUAAAGAUGAUCCUCUCAAGCGUGUCAUCUAUGCGAAGGAUGUUUUCCUGCUGAACCACUGUGGAGAUUUGUCAGUGUCCUCUGGUGUGAAGUCUGCAGAGACCUCAACAGACGAGAUGCUUUACCUUUCCUUACCGCUGACGUGGCUCAGCCAAUGGUCAGAUGAAACAAAGAAAGAGGUGCAGAUUGAUGCCCAUUUUCUCACAUCUAGUGAUGCCUAUGCUAUGUUAAAAAGUGACCCAGAAGCAACAUGGAAAUACCUGAUAUCUCACAACCUUCUCCCAGUGAUUGAUGAGCUGUUCCAGAGAGAAAGUGGUCCAAAAGCCCCAUGGGUGCUCGCUGAUCCAUCAAAGAAUUUAGAUCUGGGAUGGUCACAUCUAAGGAGAGUCAUUAUUCUGGAACUAUUGAAGUUGGGACAACUGAGCCCUGACGUGGCUGCCUCACAGGGCACUGACAUCAACUCCUUGCUACCUCUUGUUGGGGGUCCUUUGUCCAAGCCGCACCCUCUGAAGUAUCUCGGGGCCGCUUCUCUACGACAGUUCCACACAGAUUUUGCUGCCAGCUGCGUCAAGAAUGGCCUUUAUCUGAUUCUGUGGAUGUACUGCACCUUCCAUGACAUCAAGCCUGCAGAACUUGGAAUUUCAGACAGUCCAUCUUGGUUCCUAUUGCUCCAAACUUUCUAUUCCAUUCCAAGACAUCCAACAGACAAAACAGCAGUACUCGCAGCGAGCCUGAUGGCUUCUGCUCACCUAUGGGGAACUCCUCUGUCUCAAGUGGAUGUGAAAAUGAUGCUGAAUAAGGGGCAAAUUCUUGCUGCUGUGGGGACCCUUAGUUAUAUGUCUGAGGAUGACUUGAAAUUAGAUGCAAACGUAGUGGAGAGAUAUCUCCAUAAGUUUCCGAGGCUCAUGGCUGCUUUGCUGCCUGACGGGCAAGAGUCUCUCUCCAAGCACAGGACAACAGUUUACCAUUUGUUGAUGGGCUGUGUACCUUUUAAUCUGAGAAGACUGUUUGGCUGGAAUUCUACCAAUCCUUUCGCUGGUGAAGACAGUCCGAAAGCAAUGCCUCACUUCUCUGAGGUGGGUCUAUGGAGCAGCCAUGCCAGCUACACCAAACUAUCCUUUCCCUACUACCUCAAGCAUGGGCGUCCUGUGUAUGCAUUCUUAUCCUUCUUAGUGGAAGAGCUAGACAGGAAGGAUGCCGGCUUGUCCCAGAAAAGGAUUCAACAAACAAGUGGAGCGUCUCUGUGGAUCGCUUGUCAGAAUUUCAAUACACCGAGCAUCACCAGCGCAUGUGUUGUGUUUGUGGAGCUCUUGGGUCAGGACAGUCUACUUGUGCGGUCAAUGAUACACACUGGACGUGUCCUUCUGUCUCACAGACUCCGGGGCUUGACCGGUGGAGCUGAAGCCAGGAAGGAGCAGCACAAGACCUGUGUCAAUGAUAUAGUGUCAGAGCUUUUGGCCUGUGUGAAGAGUCAUCGUCGUCAUGGAAACAAGCUGAUAAAGUCCCUAGAGUUAGCCAUCAUUGAGGAAAUAAAGCAGGAAGGAAUUGGAAGCUGCAGCUUUGAAGCCAGCCAGAAGUGGAACUUGGUGGUGUCCCUGUGUGAGCUUCUCUCUGUGCCGCUAAUCACAUGUUUCCUCAAGACAUGUGCCGAGUCCGACAACUGGCUUAUGUUUGUCUGGUUUGCUCAGCUUCAUCAGUAUCCAACACAUCAGCUACAAAGUCUCCUGCACUCAUUCCGAAGUCCCCACUUGCGUGACCAUCUACACUACGUGCUGAACAAUGCAGACUGUAAACUUUUCACUGCCUCCUCUCUGCCAUCCUCUGUGGCCUCCAGUGGUCAGUCGGCCACCUCCAGCGAGCGUAAGUGGAACCCGAGCCAAAGAGCAACACUGUACAGUCGCAUCGGGGUCCACUCCAGUAAAGUGGAAUCCAGUAGUGAUGAAGAACCAGAGAAACAGACUGGGCUCGAAGUCUUCUCUCUGUCCUCAAGAUUGAAGCAAGCAGAACUAUAUGAGUCUGACAUGCCUGAGUCGAGUAUCCCUGACGAUGUAUUCAGGAUGCUGUUCCACAGCCGCUCUAUGCCGUGUCAAUGGAAGUGCUUGCUCUCGGCCGCUGUUUCUGUCAGGAACCCACUUCUUGCAGAGCUGGCUGUUUGUUGUGGUUGUCCAGCAGUCCCCGGCCUCUGUGGGUGGCUAUUGGCCUCGUUAAGCCCUGAGGCUAAGGAGGAGUUCCUCAGCUCGCAUGGUCAGCUGGUCUCCAAAUGGACACUGGACCAUCUAGAGUCUCUGAUCUACACAUUCUUGGCUCUCCAGCAGGAAGAUGUGCUCACCAUUGCCUUUGCCAUCAUGCAACCAAUGUCACCUGUCUUACCUUUUCUUCAUUUUGUGGCUGAGUGUGUGCAAAGGGGAAAGUAUGCGUCUUGUAAAACGUAUAUUGAUCAGUUCAAAGAGGCCAUGGUUGCAUGCGAGAGUCAACAGGGAUUGGAGAAACAACCAUCAGAUGUGGAGACUAUCGGGGACAGGGCUUGGUUUGAGAAGCUGGUCUACCAAAUCCUGGUAUAUGAGCUGGGGAACAUUGCUAGCCUCUACCAUGCUCGGCAUUUGCUGGAGAUUCUUGACAAGCAGAACAUGAGUUUGGUGUUCAGCUUUGAUGUGAUGGAUUUCACCAUGCUACACAAGGUUGUGACCAUCCUUCAGUCACAUCUAGUGGUAGGCGUCAACCUCUCUGUGCUGCUUUCCUCUGGAAAGGGCUCGGAGGAAUUCAAAGACCAGUGCAACGUCGCCAUAGAUUUUUUGAUUGGCUGCAGCAAGUGCACAGAGGCUCAGGAUUUGGCUCAAAUUAUUGGCAUGAGCUGGGAACGAAUAGCCAUUUGUCAGUUAAAAGAAGAAAAACAGAAGUUGGUGAGCUGUGGACUGUGGAUGGCCAGGUAUGUGAGAGUGAACUACUGGGACAAGUGUCAGAGACUGUUGUCAGAAGCCAAGUGUUCUCCAGCCUCCUGCUCCUCUUUCUUUAAGGAUGAGCUGCGUAACACAUCAGUGGAACAUGAGAAAGCAAUAGUGUGUCAGCACUGGCAUGCCUUGCUGGAUGGGUACAGUGAGUCGGAGGUUGUCGCAGAGAGAGAGAACGUUUUUCGAAGAAUAUGGAGACAUCGCAUCGCAGCAAUGGUGUCUGUGACUGAAGUGGAUUCUCUGGACUUGAUAUUCGAUGAUGUCCCCCUGAACACAGCAUCAAAGAAGGAUUUGAAGUCUGAGCUGUUGCGAGGGUUGACAGUUCCUCACGAGCUCUCUGACUCUCAGGAGGAUUUGACUACUCAGGAGCUUGAAGUGCUCGAUUCUCUCAUGGGGUCUCACCUAGAUUGUGGACUCAUCGGUGAAUGCAGCCAAGUGGCUGCUGUGUUUGGCCAUUACAACCAGGACUUAGCCAUAAUUCAGACGUGCAGUGCUUUAGCAAGCAGACAGAUUGGCUUGGAUGGCAUUGAGCCAGCAAUGAGACGUCUUAUCUCAAAGACAGCAAUAGGAAGGAUCAAAAGACGUUCUUCUUCCUUCAGUUUAUCCAGCUCUUUCAGUGUUUCAAGUGGAAUUGACAGUUUGGAUGAUUCUGGCCUACAAGAUUCAAAUGAAAUCAGCUCAGCUCUGGAAAAAUUGCUCUCUCAUUGCAUGAAAGGCAGUCAAGUGUGUCUCCACAUUAUCACUUGCUUCAAGAUCGCUGAGAUUCUUGGUGUGAAUUAUGGAGACAUUGUGAUGGCCCCUGAAUUCGAGUCUCUCCAACAGCUGCUGAGAGCUGAUCAUCCCAACAAGUUUGUUUUGGCUCGAGAUUUUCUCGUCACCAGUGGCUUGUCUGACGAUGAGGUGACAGGGUUUUUGGCUGAUGCGAUUGUGGAUAUGCUAAAAAUGUUUGUGAGAGGCCAUACUGACUCAGAUUUUGAUUUGGACAUGGGAAGCUCAGGAGUAGAGCUAAUGUUCAACCCGGCGGAUGGCAUGGAGGUUUUCGCCCAGUUUCUGAAACUGUGUGAGAACACAGCAUUGCUUGGAGAUCGCAUCUUACAGUCUGUGGCAUCUCUGGCACCGGACAAAAAUGAGCUAUCAGCUACAGAUCUGACCAUCCAGACAGAGCUGAUAGUUAUGUCACACGAAUGCUACACGAUCUCAUCCAACAUGGAGGGGAUUUCUCAUGUCCUUCGUGCAGCCAGAGUGUGCUGUGACUGUCUAGCCGAAGCGGGAGAGUUCACCCUCAUGAUUCGGCUCUUGACCGGUGUUGGGAGAUACAGCGAGAUGUUGUAUGUGUUUCAUGCUCUCCAAAAGCAUCACCAGUUUGAGCUGCUUCUUCGUAAAGGAAUGGACAGGGAAGACAAACUAAAGGUUGCCAUUCUGGACUACCUGAAGCGGUACCAGCCCGAUGACAAUGAGGCUUACACAAUGGUAGCCCUCAAGUUCUCAAUGUUCAGGGAUAUUGCAAAUAUGCUGGAAGCCUGUGGACAUCGCUCAAUGAAGCAUCUGAAAGAGAAAUCUCUUGAUAAUUCAAAAGAGUGUCAGGACUUACUGAAGAAGUGUUUGCAGUAUUUUCAAGAUGCAGCAGAAAGCUAUGUGAAGGAUAACAGUGUGAGAAAAGCUCAAAGAUGCAUCAAAUUGGCAAGACUUCUCUCCCUUCAGCUGCAGCUUCUGUCAAGCGGACUCGUGGUGAUAUAUCUGAGCAAAGACGAAGUCACAAACUUCAUAAACACUCAUCCACGGUACAUUGAGGCGAUGGUAGUGUCAGAUGCGUAUGAGCGGCGUGCAGACUGGGCUGAGGCCAUCUACAACAAUGUGAUUGUGACUGGAGACCUGCGCUAUCUGCAGGAGAUGAAGCUGCAUGUUCUGAUCACUCCAACAAUUGUGGAAGAUGUGGUGAAAAGGUACAAGCAGGCUAGUGUCAAACCGACCGGGGGUUUAAUGUCAAUCCGGAAGCUCUUGGCAAACUGUAAAGACGCCCAGAUGCAGUACAAACUGGCCUCAGAGCUGGGCCUCACAGACGUGGUCAGCACUAUGUUGAAGGGAGAUACCGGCAGUUUCCUUCAAGAUCUCACUGUCGUGUGAAAAUGAAUAUUUAUAGUGUUUUGCUACAGUGUAACUCGAAGAAAUACAUCAACUUUUUUAUUGUUCCAAGGCUACUGCCAAGGUCAUUCUGCAGGUCCUCAAUGAAGUCCAGGAGUCAGCAUGCACUAAAAAUUAUAAGUAGUGAAAAAGCACUGCGGGCUGAGCCAACUUAAGUGCUUUCUCUUGUCAGAAUUUUAGUUGUUUUGGUUUUUUUGGCGUGUUGAAAAUUUUCAAGAAACUGGUUACACGUUGGAGCAUAACACCAUUGAUAUGAAUAAUGUGUAGGCCUGCAAUAAACCAAAUACAUUUCCCAUUCAAAUGCAAUGCUUUGUACACACUGAACAUUUUGUGAAAUGAUAUUAUUGAGUUUGUUAAUUAUUAAAAUGUUAUAAAUAUUACUGUUUUUGAAGUUUUGUGUGUAAGGAGAUACUGAGACAACUGUUUUAAUUUAUGUGGAAUGCCAACCAACUCAAAAUUUAAUAUUGAAUACAGAUUUUUAUGAUUAGGUUUUUGUUUUAAAGAUGUGAAACAAUAGUCUACAUUGCUCUUGCAAGUGCUGAAGUCUGUAUCUAAGUGACUUGUGUACAUUACCCAUGACUAUGAGUUUUAUUUACAAUGCAUUUCAUUGAGUCUUGUGAUUUCUUGUACAGUAUGCAAUUAUUGCCGUAAAAUUCAAAGUGAGGAUGAGUGAGAGGGUUGUGAAAAUACACUUCUAGUUUAUCCAACUGAGAAAAAACUCUGGUUAGUUUUGUAUGGAAACAUGUUGUACGCUUGUCUUUUCUUAGGAUGAACUAGUUUGAUGGGGAUUUUUUUUGUGGAAGGGGUAAUGUUUUUUUCUUUAAUGUUUAUAUAUCUUUAUAAGAGAUCAGCACAGUUUUCUCUCUAAUUGGAAGACGGUUGUGUCACCUUCAAUUCUGCCAUUCAUUAUUUGAUAACCCACAAACUCCUAUAAUUCUAGUUUUGUUUGAAAAGCAAAACCACAAAGUCCAUCUUUGUGAUUGGCAUCACAGGAAGGAAUUGUUUGUUUGAGGGGUUUUUUCCUUCAUGGAAGAGUGUCAUAGACUGUUCCUAUUAUUGUGCCUUUCCUGCUUUACCUUGUACUUGUAUGGUGAUUACAAAUUCAAGAUUCUUUCCGCAGUGACGAUAUAUGAUGGCUAGACAGACGAUUUUUAAUUCAGGGCCUUCAGAUGUGCACGAACUACCUCAAAUGAGUUAACAAGGACGGUCUGCAGACAAAAUUAUAGUAACUUCACUAGCUUGGUUUAUGGCUGUUUAGUCUGAUUGAGGAGAAGCACAUUAAAUAGACACAAUAAUGACAAUGUAGUGCACAGAAAGAGCAAGAUAGAUGGGAAUAAAUGAGGUAAAGAAAGAAGUAGGACCUACCAGUGGUGCAAUUUUUUUUAAAAUAUAUAGUUAUUGUGGCAUUUUAUUCUUUUUUUUUAUAUUAUUGAAUGGCAAAGUUUUAUCGCACACCUGAGUGUUAGAUCCUUCUGAUCUAAUCGAGAAGAGAUAUCCUGCUCACUUAGCUGGACAGUUAAUGUCAUGACCUUUGUAAAAUCCGGUGUACUACUCUUAGUCUUAUUUGUACAUAAUUUUUAACUUGAAAUUCAAAUUGAAUGAUCCCAAAAGUUUUUGUUGUGAGAAUGAGAUAGAAAUCUACAUUAAGACAUGAAGGAUAUUUCUAUUUUAAAAUUUAAAAAUAAUCAAAUUGAAUGUAUAGAGUUGGAUGUCCAUCCUUUCACUGGUGAUGUUUUUGUUGUUAGGAUUUCAUAUAUUAAUUUGUUAUUUUAUAUCACUAGUCAAUGCUUACAUAUGUUUAGUUGGCUUGUCUUAUAAACUGUAAUAUUACUUGUAUAUUUGUGAAAAAAGAAUAACAUUUUAUACCUCACAGUACAGUGCCCCUGGUGGUGUACAAAAUAAAUUAACAAUAUCUUUCUGUAGUAGUGGGGACUCAGUUAGCUCAGCUGGUAAAAUGCUGGGCUUUACGCAGAUGACAAUGGUCCAAAUUCCCAUUGAAGUGUCAUUGAACUUGGGUUGUGUAGGGAGUUUUGAAGGCUCUGCCUUAUUGGCUUGAUUCUGUCGGAGAUGGAUGUUAGAUUCAAGGCCCUAUCUCUGAAAUAACUUUUCAAUAUUAUUGAAAAGGGGUGUUACAUUGAUACAAUUACCGUUAACUGUAAGAAGCAUUACACCGUACAUGAAUGUACAUUAUUGUAGCAGAUCAGGGAAUGAAGGUAUGUCCUCAAAGAACUGUUGUGUGAAUGAAGAUGUUCGGUUUGUUCAAGAUCAUGAAAAUUCUACUGUUAUUUAUUUUGACAUGAGAAAUAUUCUCUUAAGUCUUUCAUAAGGCUGUGGUCCUACUCAUAAUUGUGUGUGAUUUUUCAUAGCUUUUCUCUCUUGACCAUUAAUGACUUUUUAAAAAUCACAAUGUAAUGAAAAUCAUAAUUCGAUGUGUUUGAUGUAAUGGCAGUUCCCCAAGUUUUGAAGACUAUUACGAUACUUGUUGGUUGAAUAAAAUUUCAAAUGAAAGAAACUAC